UGCAAUAACCCGUUUUCCUUAUAUCUUAUUUUAUAAUGUUUGUUGAUUAUUUUAGUUUAUAAUAGACUUGUGGACAAAGCAAUUGUGUGCAGAAUGAAGACUAUUGUGGCGGUGUUCUUGCUGGUGUGGGGAUGUCAAGGAUUGGAUAACAAUCUUCAGAACGUAAAUAAAUGGCUUGGAACUUUUUUAACUCCCACAAAUAAAAGACCCACGGACUGUUACACUGAGAAGCAGGAACUGGGACAAUGUGUGAAAAUGUCGGAAUGUAUGGACAGCAACGAAAUCGACUUGGAAAAGAUGGACGUUUAUAGACAGUCAAACUGCAACUACUUGCAGAUAUGCUGUCCAAGCAGUCGAAUGGUUAAUAUCGGGACCGUUACUCCACCUCCAAUGCCGAAAAAGAAGGCAGGAUGUGGAUGGAGCAACCCUGGCGGCUACACAUUCCGCGACUCUUCAAAGACGCACGCCGAGUUCGGAGAGUUUCCUUGGAUGGUUGCUUUGAUGAGAAAAGUCAAUCAGAACCAGGGAUGGGAUCCAAAGGAUUACUUUGGAGGUGGAACUCUGAUCCACCAUUCGGUGGUGAUGACGGUCGCUCAUAAACUCAAGGCUAUUAAUUAUGACCCGCUUUUGAUAAAAUGCCGUCUUGGCGAAUGGGAUACGCAGAAUACAAAUGAAAUUUAUCCUCAUCAAGACAGAGACGUCAGUAAAAUCCUUGUUCAUGAACAGUUCUCUUCAAAGACGUCAGCAAAUGACGUUGCCCUAGUAAUUACAUCGUCCCCAUUCGAUCUAACCGAUCCCCAUGUGGGUAUUGCCUGUUUGAACUUCAAUGAGCCUAAAAUGGAUGCCAGUUGUUUUAGCAUGGGUUGGGGUAAGGACUUCAAUAAUAAUGACAAAUACGCAGUUUGGUUGAAGAAGGUGCCAUUGCCAAUAGUUGACCACGGAACUUGUGAAUAUGCAUUGCAACGUUCGCGGCUUGGAAGUAAAUUCAGGUUGCAUAACUCAUUGAUAUGUGCUGGCGGAAGGAAGAACUUUGACACGUGCACUGGUGAUGGAGGCUCCUCACUUGCUUGUCGCACUUCGAGCGAUGGUGCCCCACCCCGGUACUCAGUGUACGGAAUGGUUGCAUUUGGCGUCGAAUGUGGUACAGUACUACCUGCUGCGUACGUCAACUUGGCGGCGUUGAUUAAUUGGAUCACUAAUAAAUUUGCUGAGGAAAAACUUGAUGUUCCGUUCUUUGCUUAAAAAUAUAUGUUGCAUAUUUUCAACUAGCCACGGUCUAUGCGCUAUGACGAAGUUUAUAAGCUUUGAUUUUAUUAAUUAAUCUUUUGCACGAAUUACCAAGGGAGGUACGCUACAUAGAACAAUCCUAGUACGAAAAACUUUGUUAUUUAAUAAUAACAGCUAAUAUCAUAGUUUUACACGCCUAAUUUUCAUUGUAUAGCCGUCUCCAUACUGACACAAGGCGCCUUAUCGAGGCCCUAACCACGAAUAUUGUCGAGUCGUGGCAGCACAAGUGGUAGCCAUCCACACUCACACUUUAUUUAGUUAGUUGCUCGCUACGAGAUUGACUGCCUUCUAAGCUAAUUUAUGCGCAUAGCAAUAUUGUUAUGACUUGCCUUGUAAUCAACAACGUGUUUUCUUUCAUAUGUAUCCUGUGACAUUAAUGAAGAUUUUUAAUUUUUAACUGAAUGUAGUUUUUAAUUCAUUGGUAAAAUUCCUUAAAAGCCAUACACAAAUUAAGUCAAUCAAGUUAAUCCACUCCAUCAUGACAAGAAAAAGCUCGACUUUGCAGUGCAGUAGUUAACUCUCCUAAGACAACAAGCGGAGGUGGUGAGGCAAGACGAGUGCACAGACUCUUGCGCUCUCUUCCCUCUGUGUUGCCGUGUGUAAACCUAUUUUACAACAAACCAAAGAUUAUUUUUAGAUUGCUCCAUCCAUACAAAUUCGUCAAAUGUAUAUACACGCGUGAUGUUUCACAAAUGUCACCGCGAAACGAUUGUUUUACAAUUAUAUUUAUAAUAUUUUUACAAUGUCAUUAGCAAAUAAAGAAUACGUGCUUU